CUUUUCUGCCCCCAAACCGUCCCGGGGGCACCCAAGUGUCCCGCUGGGCCGCAAAAUCGUGACAAGGCAGGUUCCAGGGCGACCCCUCCCUGGGCGAGCGCUGCUAAGGUGACGAUGCCCCCGCGUCAGUCCCCGCCCCGACGGCUGGGCUAUUUAAACAGCAGGAGCGCACGCGGGGCGAAGACCAGCAAAGAGGCUUGGAGGAGAGGAGCCACCUAGUGGUCAGAGGAGGCGAGACAAGGGCGUCGCGUCCGCCCGUCGAAGUCCGCUCGCUGCCCAGAAAGAGAGCCAUGGCGGCGGCAGGAUUCGCCAGCAGGAUCCUGCAAGUGGGGAGCUUGGCUUAUCUGCUCCUUUUCGCCACCUUUUCUGUCUCGCCCUCGCUCGGCGGACCCAUCCGGCUCCGGGAAAACCUCUGGGCUACAGGGCAUUUCAUGGGGAAGAAGAGUAUGCUGAGCUCUCCUCAUGUCCAGUCUGCAUUCUCAGAAAGUGCAGAGACCAACAGCACCCCCAGGGCUUUCAGAGAGGGGAUGAAAGACCUCAUGGUGAGCGAACUUCUUAAAAUACUCCUGCAAGAGAAGCUGUUGGAGGAGAACCGAGGGAAGCGUGAUCCCAAUGACCAGGAAAUACCUUUCUUCACAAAGUACCUGGCAAAAUACAUUUAAAUGGAUGAACUGAGGAAAACACCACAGACUUGGGGGACAGGGAGCUCCUGAAGGGCUGUUCCCAAUGAAAGCAUCAAGAAUUGUAGUGUAAAAUAUCAAAUUUAUAACUGUAAUCCUAAUACUGACCCCCCUUCCUCUGAAGAACCAAGUAUUGACUGUAUAGAAAAUUCCUGGCAUUUCCUUGUGCUGCAGCGGCUGGUGGAGGAGGCAUGGUGAAUAAAUGUCUCUCUUUGCA